ACCAUAUGUAUAUCAUUCAUUCAUGGAAUAUGAAACUUCAGAUUUGAAACUCUUAUUUUUUGAAACAUUCUCCCACAUUGGAACUAAGGAUAAAAAUAUUGAUUUAAUUCGAUUUGCGUUGCCUGUUAUUCUCCAAGAAAUUAGAGUUGUCCCUUUGGGAACUUUGGUUAAGGCCAAUUUAUUAGGUGGCCAAAGACUAGGUGCCACCCUCCCAACAAAACUUUAUUUGGAAUUUUUUGUUAAUGACUUAUUAGACAUAGAAGCAGCAGUAUUUCAAAAACUCUCAAAUCUUGAAUAUGAGCACAAUGAAAAUAUUUUAACAAUUAUUGAUAAAGAAAUUCCUACAGAUGGAUUAAUAAUCACUGGUUUUUAUGAUGCAUUAACAUUAGCUGUAUAUGGGAGAAUAAUAUAUAAAUGUGUAAAAAGGAAGCUUGAUGCAUCAUCAAUUUGUGAUUUAAAAGAAUAUGAAGACAAUGUGACUAGUGCUUUAGAGUAA